AUGGAAAGGGAUAUUGAGUUGGAAGAAGGAUGCGAAAUCGUGCAGAGAGGAAUUACAAAGGUGAUAAAUAUUAUCGAAGGCGUCCCUGAUGAAUCACCGAUGGACGCGGAGUAUUGGAUGAAUCUCUACACAACAGUUUACACUAUGGGGCCACCUAGUCGUCGUGAUUAUUCUAAAGAGCUUUACGAAAGAUACGAAGGCGUUUUUAACGAUUACUUGCGAUCAAAAGUUUUACCAGCUAUUCAAGAAAAGGAUGAUGAUAUAUCUAUCUUGCAAGAAUUUGUUAAGAGAUGGGCUAAUCAUAAGGUUAUGGUAACUAAGCUUGGCCGAUUUUUCCAUACUCUUGACCGUUUUUACAUUCGUCGGAGCUCUCUUCCAUCGUUAAAAGAAGUUGGGUUUGGUUGCUUUCUUGAAAUCGCGUAUGGGAAGAUGAAAGUGAAAGUUAGAGAUGUUGUUAUUGCUUUAAUUAAUCAAGAACGCCAAGGAAAUGAAAUUAAUGGGAGUUUGGUCAAGGAUGUCUUAGAAAUUUUUGUUAAAAUUGGGAAUGAGAAUUAUUCGGAUUAUUAUGUUGAUGAUUUCGAAAUUGCUUUUUUAACUGACACGGCCGGGUAUUAUACUCGGAAAGGUUUUAUUGGGAUUAGUGUAGCAGAAUGUUUGAAAAUGGAGAAGGAAAUGGUUUCUUGCUAUUUGCCCUCCGGUACAGUGGGGAAGUUGUUGAAAAUUGUUCAAGGUCUUGGGAAGGAGAUGACGCUCAGUGACGACAAAUUAACCUGA